AUGCAAAUCUCUCAAACUUUUAUUCUUGUUGUUCUUUUGGCCAUAUUGGGUCAUACUCUAGCUGAUAAGCAUUGUAAUUUAUCAGUUAAAAAGGCUCAAUUGAAAGUCUCCAACAGUCAUCUUAGAAUCCGUGGUCGUAUUGAUAUUGGUAACAAAGACUGUAAACCUACUACAAAAGCUUCUUCUAAUGAUGUCACUACUCAAAUCGUCUUGAAUUCCAAGAAAAACCUUCAUUUCAAGGGCACUAAUGAUAAGGUUCAUUCUGGUAAUGAAUGUCACAUCACUGCUUCAUGGUAUAACGUACCCGAUGAAUACAAGGGAUCCAAAAAGAAUACUGAAGUUUAUGUUCCCUUUCAAUAUAUCAAGGAAAUUAAAUGUAAUAAGGACGCUCCUACAACAACAAAAAGAAGCAAAAAUAAAAAAGGAAAAAAGAAGACCAAGAAGACCACCAAGAAGACAACUACUACUAAGAAGACUACUAAAAAGACAACUAAGAAGACAACUAAGAAGACAACUACAAAGAAAUCGGGAUCUUCAUCAAGUGAUAGUUCCGAACAUUACAGUGGCAAGGCUACCUUCUUUACACCUAAUCAAGGUGCCUGUGGUGACUGGAAUGAUAAUGAUGAUUACAUUGCUGCCCUUAGUGGUUCUCUUUAUGGUAGUUAUAGUAAGAAGAGUUCAUACUGUAACAAAAAGGUCAAGGUUGUUAAUAAAGCCAAUGGUAAAAGUGUCACAGUCACUGUAAAGGAUGCUUGCGAAUCUUGCGAUAGAACACAUAUUGAUCUUUCUCCUGCUGCUUUUGGUGAGAUUGGGGACUAUGAUACUGGUAUUCUCAAGGUCGAUUGGUCUCCUUGUGCUACAUUGUUCUUGAUUUAUGAACUGAAGAGGCUCCUUUUAAAACUUGAUGCGUUCCUGAAAGUCGUUGUUCUAAUUAAAUUUCAAACUCAUAGAAAAAAAAAACCAUUGAGGGUUUCGGAUUAUCCAUUUCAUCGUGCGAGGAAAAAAGAAGAAAAAAUAGAUAUUCAAGUCAUAGUUAUUUUGUCAGAAAUUGAAGCUUAA